UCCUGGUCAAAAGAAGAAGUAAACAGGAAAAAAAAAAAACAGCAAUAGAAGAACUGUCGGAGAUCACAGUACAGUGUGAGAUCGCGGCUAUGGUUCGUUUUUGUUGUGUCCUUGGCUACAGAAACGACAACCGCAAAAAGAAACUCAUUUUUUUCCUUCCAAAUUCUCGACCUGGAAGCAAUCGCAGGCGUGGGAAAUCUACAGUCGUCAGUCUGCUUGGAUAGCCACCGUUCGACGGCAAGAAGAUUAAACCGUUUGCUGUCGGCAUUUUAAUAACGAACAUGCUGCUUGCCCACUUCAAGACGCGUUGAUUUGACCCCCCCUCAUCUUUCUUUUUUUGCUGCAAAUACACAGGUAGGUUUCAGGGGUAAAAAAUCUACUCUAAAUAUAUUUACUGUUCACAUUUCCAAAUGAAAUUCACACAGAUUGAAGCUUUAUUCCAAAUUGAACAAGCGCCUCACCAUGUCGAAGACGCAACGUACUGCUUACGUUGCGGCCUUCAAGCUGCAGGCGAUCGACCUUGCGAUCGUAAAGGGCAAUCGCUCGGCGGCGCACGAGCUAGGCGUUAACGAGUCCAUGAUACGACGAUGGAGGAAGCAGCACGAAGCGCUUUCUUGCUGUAAGAAGACGACAAAGGCCUUCAGAGGCAAAAAGCGCAGAGUGAAACCGGCGCACGAAAUGGAAAAUGACCCGAACGAACGCGCCAACGACCCACGUUCGUCAAAAGUAUGGAAAUCUCGGGUCGAGCACGUUCUAAAGGAGCGAGAGUCGACCGCAGAAGAGCCGAUGCUCUGCGAGUUUACGGAGAAUGUCAAAAAGAAUCAAAUUGUCAAAUUAGAACUACAAGCACCGGAGAACACGGAAUGCAGUGGGGAUAGCUCUGGAUUUGGAACUAAGGAAAUUAAGCAAGAAGAGGAAUCAGUUGAAGUGGACACUUUGACAGAAUGCAGCUUUUGUAUCCAGAGGGCGGCGGAAGUCAGCCACCUAGUGGAAGAGAACUUGCGGCUCAGGCGAGAGCUGGACGCGUUCAAGAUGCCCGAUGGCUUCUUCCAAAACAAUGACGGCAAAGUACAAUAUUACACGGGGAUGCCAAACUUGGCUUCUUUCAUGACCUUCUUCUGUUUUUUAUUACCUCUCAUGCCAGCCCAGGAGAGCAGACUCAGUCCUUUCCAAGUUCUCCUGCUGACCUUCAUGCGCCUCCGGCUAGAUUUGCCCAUCCAACACCUCGCCCACAUUUUUAGCAUCUCUACCAGCACAGCGAACGCAACGUUUCGGGAAACAGUUUCAUUUCUGUACACAAACCUGAGACCAUCCAUCACGUGGCCGAACCAAAACACAUUGCAAAAAACAACCCCGGUCCAGUUUGUCGAGGCUUUCGGUGGCAAAGCUGUCGCGAUCAUCGACUGCUUAAGAGUGUCGAUUCAAAAACCCUCAACUUGCAACGGAAGGCAAAAGGUAUCCGGCGGUCAUGUCACGUAUUUAAUUGCCCUAUCGCUCGGCGGAUUUGUCGGUUUCGUAUCGCAUGCGUGCAAUGGAUUCAUAACCACCAAAAACAUGUUGGAGAAAAGCGGCUUUCUUUGUAAAUUGUCGCCAGGCGACGUCGUCUUGGCGAGAGGUUUGGAAGGUGACAAAAGCGCCGGCUUGUUUUACGCUGAGGUCGACGAGUCGACCUUUGUCAAGAAGAACUUUGGAGACACGACGCACCUGAGCGCUCACGUUGAAACAAUGCUGGGAAAUAUGCACCGCAAGUAUCAACUCUUAAAAACCUACGUGUCUCCGGACUUGACGCAAAGGUGUGACGGUGAAGCUGUCACAAUGUUAGAUAAGAUUGUCACUGUCUGUUAUGCCCUGGAAAAUCAUUGUGUAACUGUAGUUUGACAUUGUUUAUACAUUUUGGCCUAAAUAAAAUGUGGAAUCAAAUAUGGUUAAUUCUGUAUAAGUUUUAAUGAAACUGCAGAUAGCUUUUAAUAAUAUGGGAUAUGUCCAGCAAACCUAUGACCGUCGAGGCUGUGGUACCGAGUGCUCUCCUCACAGCGAUUCUGCAAAGCUGCUGAAGGCUCAGCGGGUUGCCUGGAGCAAAACACCAAGAUGUCACUUUCACGAACAAGCAGGCAGACUUCUACACUGCUGACGCACUUUCAUAAAACUUAAGACAGAGGCAGGAAGGUGACGCGGGUUUUGAGUAGUCACUGGGUUUGAGACCCGAGUUGUCAAGCUGGCGCGUAUUGGCUCCAAACUCCACCAGCAGUUCGAUCACGUCCGGCGUGUCCAGUCUUGCCGCGUGGUGCAAUGCCGUCUCGUGAAAUUUGCUCGAAUUCACAUCGGCACCUGUGAAAUGUUUGAAUAGGGUUGUGUGGACUUUCUGGGCGUUCCUCUGUCCAUUCAGUGGGACAAAUAAGUAUUUAGUCAACCACCAUUUGUGCAAG